AAGGCAGUCAGAAGCUAUCCCUAAUAGCCCUAACAAGGCCCAUUCAGAAGUUGCUUAUACAUGAAAGGAUCUGGGAUUUCAUGGCACACUCUCUGUGUGGGAAUUCUGUCAAGGCAGACCACAAUAAAUCUACAACAAUAAUGUGCCUUCAAAAGAGAGAGACUUUCAAGUCGAAAGAAGACGUCCAUAAAUAAUUGAACAGUACAGCAUUAGAGGAGAAGAGACCUCGGAGACCAUCCUGAAUUUCCCAACUACAGGAAACUGAGUUUGGUCAGCCCUUCUGAUGGAAGCAUUUCCCCUAGCUUCCUCACACUGACAGCCUCGGUGAAUGAGGUACAGUCAAAGUUAAUGGGUGGGCUAAUUGCCCAGCAUCAUCUUGAGACGUAUAUUCACGGACUUGCGCAGUAAGCUCGAAGCGAACUGAAGUCCCUCAGCUCUGCGGCCCCCACCCAGAGCGAGCUGAGUGCGGUUGGUCGCUCGUUCUCUCUCGGUUUCUGCCGUUUUCUCCCUCCCUCUGUCCCUCCCUCCCUCCUACUUUCCCUCUGUCCCUCCCUCUCGCUCCUUCUCGUUCAACCAGGCGCCUGAAGCAGUUGGCGGCGGUGUGCGGUCCUCCCCAUUUCCUGUGGCUGGGCCCAAGUCCAUCCUUUGGGAUUCCUGCCGCCCGGUCGUCGGUCCAAAGAGCCGGUCCCGUUUCUUCUUAGACGAGCGCAUCCUGAAGUUGGCCUUCCAUGUGGAAGAGUGUGAGGACCCCAGGCCGUCUAUGCUGAAGAUACCCGGGACAGAGUAAGGCCCUGCGGAGCACCAUGCCCAAGUUUUACUGCGAUUACUGCGACACGUACCUCACUCACGACUCUCCAUCCGUGAGGAAGACCCACUGCAGUGGAAGGAAGCACAAAGAGAAUGUGAGAGACUAUUAUCAAAAAUGGAUGGAGGAGCAAGCCCAAAGCCUGAUUGAUAAAACAACCACGGCGUUUCAGCAAGGAAGAAUCCCCCCCAAUCUGUUCUCUGCUCCUCCCCUAGGAGGGCCCAUGAUCCCACCUCCUCACCCUAGCAUGAUGGGACCCCCCCCUCCAGGGAUGAUGCCUGUGGGGCCUCCUCCUGGCAUGAGGAUGCCCAUGGGCGGCCACAUGCCUAUGAUGCCGGGCCCCCCGAUGAUGAGACCCCUUCCUCAUCCCAUGAUGGUGCCCACUCGCCCAGUGAUGCCCAGGCCAGACAGAUAAAAAGGAGGGAAUGGAAGGAAGCUCAUUUCUCAGAUUUCAGAUCUUUGUUCUAUUUCACCAGAAGAGCAUGGUGCUUGGCUUCAGACAUAUUUGUGUUUUUUGUUUUUCUUUUCUUUUCCCCCUUUCCCUUUUCAAACAUAGACAUUCUUUUAUAUCACUGUCACUUUCCAGUGAUCCCCCUUCCUCUGCCCUUCAGUAUAUGCCUCCCCUCUGAUAAAUAAGCACAGUGAAGAAUAAAUAAAUAUAUAUUGGACAUGUCUAAAAA